AUGAUGAAUGGAUUUCAAAAAUUUGCAGAAAAAUGUAGAAAAUAUGCUUUAAUUUCCUUUGAUAAUGAAGAUCUAUUGCACUUUUCUAUGGAUGAUUCUUAUGAAUUUAAAUUAGAUGAGAUAAUUAGAGAUUUAAAUGAGAAAAUUCUUUAUCAGACAGAAUUUCUUAAGAAUGUCAAAGAAUCUAACGUUGUUAUCUCAGAUUCUUUUUCUUUUGAAAAAUUGGCUGAUCUUGAGAAGAGUAUAAAAAAUCCAAGAGAAAGAUUGGCAUGGAUAAAACAUUAUGCAAAUAUAUAUGAAGAAUCAUCACAUACGGUUGAUUUUACAAUUGAUGAUAAUUUUGUUACUGGUUUACUUGCUCGGCAGAAAAUUGAAAAAAAUACAACAGAAGCACGAUUGACUAUGGAAAUAUUGGAAAAACGGUUGAAAAAGACAUUGUCUACAAUUGAAAGAGAACAAAAAAUAUUAGAAGAAAGUAAAAUAAUUGGAUCUUUAUUAGAUCAAAGAUUAAAAAAAUUGGAAAAGCAAAGCCAAAGAAGUUCUCAAGAGAUAUUAAAUGAAUGUCAUAUGAAUGUAAAAGAAGCUGAACGAUCAGUUAAUAAGUUUAUGCGUGAGCUUGUUAGGUUUAUUGAUGAGGAAUUGGGUGAUGUAUUGCUUGCAGAACAAUCUGGUGCAGCAGUUGGAUAUGCAGAUUUACCUGAAAAAAAACAUGCUAAGUUGCUGGCAGAAUCAGGCCAAACAACAUUAGAUAAACAUAUUUCUAUAGAACAGAAAGAUAAAUUUACUCUCUGCAAUUCUACAAAGGAAUUACUUGAGAAUUUGAUGAAUCAAUCAGUUUUGCCAGGUGCAGAUCCGUAUAUAAUAGUUGAAGAUUCAGUAAUAGGAAGGAUUUUAUUACGUUCAGGAUUAGUUAUGUUACAUAACAAAGAUGCGAGAAAAAUGAGAUUAGUAGAGUUUCAACGAGAAAUUGAUGAAAUGUCUUUUAUCUAA